AUGGCACCCUCACGCUCGUUUGCACUUGCUUUCUUGUCACUCGUUCUGCAAUGUCCUUCUUUCGCUGUGGCUGCCCCAUGGAUCGCUACCAAAUUAUAUGAAGCAAGUGAACACACAUACCGUUAUGCCUAUGAGACCACCACCGAGACCACCAUUCAGGAGAUCACGCCUACGGCGGCGCCAAUGCCAGCAGCUCUCUCGACGGCGACUUUCGUAACAAGCCCAAGAUACGGCGAUGCUGUCACAGUCGUCCAGGUGCUAUACCCAUCUGGUGCGGGAGCCGCGGCUACCUAUGAUCGUUAUGGUUAUUAUGACACGGGACAUGUAACCACGGACUACUAUGUCAACAUGGUAUACUCUGCAUCAGGGUCAUGCUCAACACAGAGCCCUUUCACCACGGCCCUUCCUGUCGAUGUACCAGGCUACCUGAGAGGUGCUGUGCCCGCCACCUCCACGACAACCACCUAUUCUGUUGACAGUAGUCGGCCGUUCCAACCAACUACCUAUACCAAUGCUCUUGCUUUUAUCGAUCCUACACAGCUACCAGCGUCGAGUCUGAGCUCUCUCAGCGACCUCUACAUGCCUUAUACUAUGCGCUACGGUUGCUAUGACAGCAACUAUGGUAGCGGUAGUUCACGCUAUGGGGGAUCUAGUGAUUACUCCGACAGAUAUUACCACGACUUUUGGUUUGAUUAUCCUUAUGCUAUUGUGAUCAUUCCGGUGGUUGCCUGGUUUGUUCUUUGGCUCAUCAUCGGUCUCAUUGAAAACUGGUUCCAAUUCCGGCGUUUGAUGAAGGGUUGGCAGGCUCGCCGAGGAUUCCCAAUUUCCUGGUGUAUGGUCGCGCCGAUUAUUUCCUGCUUGCUCCUUUGUUUCAGCUGCAAGGGCUUCCAGGCUCGCUCCGUUGAUGAGGCACAGGUGCUUAAGGAGAAGUGGAAUCAGAUGGGAUUCUGGAAGAAAAUCGGUCUAUGGCUCCGCUGGGGCUUCGGGUUCAGUUACCCAUCCAUACUUGGCUCUCCCCCGGACAAAGUUGGACGGCCUUCGAAGCGCCCUGUCGCUGCCACUGCUCCUCUCUUGAGUGUGUCACCGCCACGCAGUGUUGCUGGCGAUGAUCGCUCGGAUCUGGAAAGCACCCACCAAAACAGUACUGUCUCAGGGCCAGAGAUGGCUCAGGCGCAAGCCGAUGGCCAGAUGCUGCAGGUUCCAAUAUCGUCAACCCGACAGGCCCAACAGCAAGAUCUAUCCACUCAGCAAGAGGCCCCGGAUGUGCCGGUUGCGACAGGUGCUCUUCCCUCGGUCAAUGAUCCCCGUACUGCGGAAUCGUCCGAUCAGUCGCGGAAUCGAUAA